AUGCAUCUUCGUGGAGUUUUCCGUGCGGAAAAACUGCCAAGAGGCCAAGGCGCGAUCGGCACCAAGUGGGUGUUCAAGAUCAAGCGCAAAGCGGAUGGAUCGGUCGAGAAAUACAAGGCGCGUCUCGUUGCCAAGGGCUUCAAGCAGAAGUACGGCAUCGACUACACAGAGACGUUCUCACCCGUGGUCAAGUACGUGACACUGCGUAUGGUGAUCGCGAUCACCAAGUAUUUCGACUGGCCACUGGACCAACUCGAUGUGGUGACAGCCUUUCUCUACGGAGUGAUGAAGGAGAAGGUGUACUGCGUGAUACCAGAAGGCGUCGAGAUGGAUGGCGACUUCGACUGUCUCGAGUUGGUGAAGGCGAUCUACGGUCUCAAGCAAGCUUCACGUGUGUGGAACGAGACUUUCGACGAGUUCGUAUGCUCUAUCGGUUUCGAAGCGUCGGCGUUCGACCCAUGUCUCUACAUCAAGGUUGUCGACGGUCACUGUGUGCUCGUGCUGGUCUACGUGGAUGACGUGUUGGUCACCGGCAGCUCGCUCGAGUUGAUUGCGCAUACGAAGGCCGACCUCAAGACGCGUUUCGAGAUGACCGACAGUGGCAAGUGUACUUUUGUACUGGGCAUCGAACUGGUGGACGAAUCGGAUGGCAGCGUGACGAUGUGCCAGCGACGGUAUGUCAACGACAUCCUCAAGCGCUUCGGCAUGGAUGAGUGCAAGGCCACAGCAAGUCCGGUCGACUUGAGCACUCGGCUUGUCGCAAGCAGCGAAGCGGCCAAGAUCGACGUUCCGUUUCGUGAAGCUGUGGGAGCUUUGAUGCACUUGACGACUGCGAAGCGCCCGGACAUUGCGUAUGCUCUGGGGUACGUCUCGCGCUUCAUGGAGAAUCCGCAGCAAGAACAUUGGACGGCGGUGAAGCGCAUCUUUCGUUACUUGCAAGGGACCAAGUCGCACGGACUCCGCUUCCAGCCAAGCGACAAGAUCGACUUUCGUGGCUACUCGGACGCGGACUGGGCCGGCGACCACGCUGAUCGCAAGUCGACUUCGAGUUACACUUUCAUGCUGAUGGGUGCUCCUGUGAGUUGGGGAAGCAAGAAGCAGUCAAGUGUGUCGCUGUCGACGAGUGAAGCGGAAUACAUCGCACUGAGCCUGGCCAUCCAGGAAGGCAAGUGGGUGCAUCGCCUGCUAUGCGAGAUUUUGGCGGCCGCAAACGAACCAGGACCGGACCUCGUCAUCCGUGAAGACAACCAGUCGUGCAUCAAGAUGACGAAGAAUCCGGUGAAUCAUGGCCGCGCCAAACACAUUGAUAUCAAGUACCAUCACAUUCGCGAUGAAGUCAAGCGUGGUGAAGUGAAGCUUGGAUACUGCGAGAUGACGGUGAUGCUGGCAGAAAUUAUGACCAAGGGAUUUACGGACCGCGCCACAAGGACUUAA